GGAUUCAUAUCUCCAUUUCUUUGCAGGGAUGCCAGUGGAAAAUUCAUAAGCAUGGGUUCAACAACCCCAGCCUGGAACAUUAACAACACAGUAGUGAAUGAAAGUUACUACACCGAAAAUUUCUCCUGUAUUAUCAGGUUCAAUACCCUGGAAUUUCUUACUGCCAUCAUUUCUGUGGUUGGACUGGCAGGAAAUGCCAUAGUGCUGUGGCUUCUAACCUUCCACAUGCAUAGGAAUGCCUUCUCCACCUAUGUCCUCAACCUGGCUGGUGCUGAUUUUUUGCAACUUUGCACUCAGAUUGUGUUUUCUCUGCAUUGUGUCCUUCAGGUAAAUGACAGAAUCUUUAUGUUUCUCAUCAUUGUAUUCAUAUUUGCUUACCUUGCAGGUUUAUGUAUGAUUGCAGCCAUCAGUUCUGAGCGCUGCCUAUCUGUUAUGUGGCCCAUCUGGUAUCACUGUCAAAGACCAAGACACACAUCAGCCAUCAUGUGUGCUCUUCUCUGGGCUUUCUCUCUACUGCUGAGCCUCCUGUUUGGGGAAGGGUGUGGCUUUCUGUUCAGUCAUUAUGAAUAUUAUUUCUGUAUUAAUUCUCGCUUUAUCAUUACUGCAUUCGUAAUUGUAUUUUCUGUGGUUCCUUCUGUGUCCAGCCUAGCCCUGUUGGUAAAGAUCAUCUGUGGCUCACACAGGAUUCCUGUGACCAGGUUCUAUGUGACCAUUACUCUUACAGUGGUAGUCUUCACAUUGUUUGGUCUACCCUAUGGGAUCUCUUGGUUCCUCUUGCUAUGGAUUGUGGAUAUUCAAAAUAUUUCCUCUUACAAUGAAGUGAUAAUGUUCCUGUCUUGUGUUAAUAGCUGUGCCAACCCCAUCAUUUACUUCCUCGUUGGCUCCAUUAGGCACUGCAAGUUGCAAUCUCAGACUCUGAAGCAAGUUCUUCAGAGAGCCAUGCAGGAUACCCCUGAGGAAGAGGGUGGAGAGAGGGGUCCUUCACAAAGGUCUGGGGAACUGGAAAUAGUUGGUGCAGUAGUUGAGUGA